AUGUUCUUCACCUCACCUUUCGCCAAAUCCAAGUCGAAGCCUGGCCAUGGUUCCAUUGUUGUUGACAUUCUCCCGCCCGAAACGCCAGUGUUGAGAACGGUGUCCUAUCAAUACCCAUUGAAGUUGAUCGCCCCGGAUCCUCUACCACCACCGAAUCACUCUUCGACACCAGAUGCGGCCCGCCUUGUGCACACUGUCUUCCUGUUAACCUACGGAGGCGGCAUUGUUGCUGGAGACAGCAUACACUUGGAUGUACGCCUGGACCAUAGAACUCGGCUGCUCCUUCUGACCCAAGGGUCAACCAAGAUCUUCAAGACGAUCCACCCCCACACGGUCUCUCACCAGCAUAUGAAUGUUUAUAUCAAAUCCGGCGCCGCCUUGCUGUACCUUCCCGAUCCUGUUCAGCCCUUUGCCCAUACAGCAUUCUCGCAGUCGCAAAUCUAUCAUCUAGACCAGGGACAAGGAAGCUUGUGUGUUUGCGACUGGGUGACGAGCGGACGCUCUGCCAGAGGCGAGAACUGGGACGUUUACGAGUACAAGAGCCGGAACGAAGUGUGGACGCACGAGGGUUCGUGCAAGACGAGGUUGUUACUCAGAGAUAACCUCAUCUUGGACAAGAACGGACGAACGGACAUGCGCCUCUCGUCUCGAAUGGACGGGUACUCGGUCUUUGGCACGCUCAUCGUGAGAGGACCGGUCUUUGCUUCUCUGGCGAAAUACUGCCUGGAUGAGUUCGAGGCACUGCCGAGGAUUGGCGGCAGGAACUGGGGAGACGUAGCGCCACAUGAGCUGUCUGGCAAGGAGCAGCGGCGUGCGGACAGACAGGGGAGAGAGACCAACGAUGGCGUUGUUUGGAGCGCUGCGAAUGUGCGCGACUUUGUGCUGGUCAAGUUUGCGAGUACAGAGGUGGAGGGCUCACGGAAUUGGCUGCGAGACAUAAUCAAGGAAGAGGGGUCGGUGUUGGGUGCAUUUGGAGAGCGAGCGCUGCUGUGUCUGAGGUGA